AUGUUCAUGAGAAUGCCACCCGGAUACCGAACCCUUAUAAAUUUAGAAUUUAAGGCCAUUCCACAGGAACCUUGCUGCAUGCUCAAAUCGGGGAUUAUCUUGUUCUUCUAUGUUGACGAUAUUGUGGUGGCGUACAAAAAGGACCGCGAGGCCGAAGCCAAAUCAGUUAUGAAGGAACUUUGUGCCAAAUAUCAUAUAACUAGCGGAGAGGAUUUGGAGUGGUUCCUAGGCAUGUGA